AUGAAAGACUCGAGUAACGACGUGACGGCGGUGAAGGACGAGGAGGAGACGCCGCGACCGACCUGGACGAAGCGACUCUCGCGACGACUGAACAAGCGAAGCUCGUCGCUGAUCGCCUCGCUGGUCCCGUCGUUCCGUGGCCCGCGGGGCAGUCGCGACGACGACGUCGAGACGGACGAAGACGCCGCGGCGAAGCGACAGAAGAACCAGGCCCGACGGGCGAGUGCCGCCCCCGGAAUCAUGUCGGCGUCGGCUGUCGAACACGCCGAGAAACGUCGGAGAAGGAGCGUCGACCGGAUCUACGCCUUGAAGACGGUCAAGGUGCGUUCCGAGAUUUUUAGAAGGCCAUGCCCUUUUUUUUUCAUUUCCGUCUGGACCCUAGAGUGGUCCCUAGAGGAGUUAGGGGGAACGGAAGUCCCUAUAGGGGACAAAAUAGCCCUCCCUGGAGGGGUAACAUUUGGGUGGUCGUUAUAGGCGAACCGAAAGCUCAAGGGGUCCCUAUAGGGUUUUUUUUUCUGUUUCGAAAACUACUGGGAAAGCUUUCAGUGGACUCUUCAGGGUUUUGACGUCUUAGUGGCCACUUGA